AUGUAUCGGGUUAUUCAAUUCGUUAAAUCAGAAAAAUAUGGAAUAAAAAUUCCAUUGAACAAUGUCAAUGACCGUUUAUGUGCAAUGUUAGGUGUUUCAUCCCGUUCGAUUGAUAAUCUGAAGAAAGAAUUGAAGGAAAUCGAGAUAGCUAAAGAAAGAUCAUCGCGUAGACUUCGGUCAGGGUCGAAUACAAUUACCACGGAUGACACAGUGGAGCAACCCAUGUCAGUUAGUGGUCGUCCAAAAAUUCAUUUAUCUGAUUUUGGGAAGGAUAUGAUUCGAUAUGAAUUUCAUCUUUUAUUGGCUGAACGAGUAUAUCCUACAUUGGAUCGCAUGAUGACUCGAUUAUUAGUCGAUUUUCCUGACUUUCCGAUCAAAAAUCUUGGAAUAAAAAAUCAAAUUCGUCAAUGGUUGAUUGAUCACUCAGUUCCAUUCAUUGAUCAAUAUAGUAAAUCAGAACUCCUUGAAUUGAGUUAUGCAUAUGCACCAGAAAAAGAAUACAUUGUUGAUGAAACAGCCAAACAAUUUGAUAUUGAAAUUAUACGUCUACCAGUUCGUCAUUGUAUACUCAAUCCUAUUGAAAUCUGCUGGGCUGAACUUAAGAAAUCCGUUCGAGAUCAAAAUACCACAUUUAAAUUAAAAGAUGUUGAAAAGUUAAUUUGGAAUUGGCUUAACAAUUGUGACUCAACAUUCAUAUCGAAUUGCAUCGAUCACGUACAAGUAUACGAAGAAAAUUUUAAAAAAGCUGAUCAAUUCAUAGAACAAAUCGAGAAUGAACUAAAUGAUGACGAUAAUAUUGAUAAUGACUCCGACUUGACUGAAGAUGAAGAUGAAGAUGAAGAACAAGAUGAAGACAAAGGUGAAGGUGAAGAUGAAGAUCAAUAG